CCAAUGCUAAUAAGACAUUUCGUGAAAAUAAUCGCUUGUUGACACUGGCCGCGAUUGGCUGUAUAAAAUAAAAAAAAAAAAAAAAAACAAAAAGAAAACAACAAAUUUAUAAUGUCAUCGAAAACAAUGCACAACGAGCAUAUAAAACGACCUAUGAACGCGUUCAUGGUUUGGUCAAGAGGUCAGCGACGGAAGAUGGCGCAGGAAAAUCCAAAGAUGCACAAUUCCGAAAUAUCGAAGCGACUCGGUGCCGAAUGGAAGCUUCUCAGUGAAGGCGAAAAGCGACCGUUCAUCGACGAGGCAAAAAGACUGAGGGCGCUGCACAUGAAGGAGCACCCUGACUACAAAUACCGUCCGCGACGAAAGCCGAAGUCGCUUGUGAAGAAGGAGAACAAAUUCGGUUUUUCCCUAUCGCCGUUGAUGUCGCCGGGAGAAACGUUGAGCGGAAUACCUCGUAGCCUCCUGCCACCAAUGCCGCCGCCGACGCACCCCCUCCUCUCUCACGAGGACCUCAAGAUCCCCCGAUUCUUCCCACCCUUUCCCUACCCCCUCUACCCCCUCCACCACAAGCUGGGUGACGACUUCGCGGGGGGUAAGCUCGCCGCGGAAUUCUCGGCCUUCCAGGCGUUAUACGGCAGCACCUUUUACUCCCAGGCAGCGGCCACCGGCUGGCCCGGACUCGGGACCCAGUCAUGCGCCCCGAAUUGCGGAUGUCCGAGCCCAACGAGCGAGUCCAAGAGACCGCUGUACCUCCUGGUCAAACCGGAGGACCGAUUUUCGGCACCGAACAAGGCGGAGGAGGUCGGCAAGGACGUCGGCUCUUCGCCGGGGGUCGGAGAGCCGCCCGACGAGGAUGCCGGCUACAGGGAGAGGAGUUUCGAGGGUUCGACGGCGGGCAGGAGUUCGUCGAACGGAGCGGUCAAGCCGGGGGCGGUAGACGCUUGUCCCUUCUCGGUUACGAGCUUGACCGGAAAUCCCCCCGACGCCUCCCACCACGUCAUAUGAAGACCGCUCCCGGUUCUCCCGGAUCUGAAUUUCCGCGGGAACCACGUAUCCUCAGGCU